GAUUUUGAGGGGCGCAAGUUAGCAAAGAUGGGGACGAUGUCUCAUUCAUCUACUUUCCUCCUCCCAAAUCUUCCUACCGACAACGGACCUGCUCUAACGUAUGCGCUUGUUAUCCUUAACCAACACCUCCCUCGAUUCACUCCUUUGCUCUGGGAGCACGCACAGGUUCAUGUUUGCGCUGACGGUGGAGCGAAUAGGGUGUUUGAUGAAUUACCCCGCUUUUUUCCUCAUGACGACCCUUCUGAUAUUCGUAAGAGGUACAAGCCAUAUGCUAUAAAAGGAGAUAUGGAUUCAAUCAGAACUGAUGUUCUCGACUUUUUUAGAGGUCUGUUCAUUACAAAGCAUGGUUCGAACUAUAUUUUGAAGAUGUAUAGCUUGGUGACUUUGCAUGGGACCAAGAUAAUUGAUGAAUCUCAUGAUCAAGAUACCACAGAUCUUCAUAAAUGUGUUGCAUAUAUUCGUGAAUUACUAAACCCAGAACAUCCAAAU